UGCAUAUAAUCCCCGAGUUGACCCAGAAAACAAACUCCUCUGACUGCCGAGGCGCCGCACAGUUUGAAUCCGCCGCAGGGCUGCAUGUAGCGGGAGCAUCAGCUGGAGAACAACCGCGGGACCGAUCCAACUUCUCCGUACGGAUUCACAUUCAGACAUCGGGGUAACAGAGCAGUCAUGGCUGAACACAUGAUGAUGCCCAUGACCCACGGCUUUAGGAUGGGCAUGAACGGACCUCCACAGCAUGGUGGACAGCCCGGCCUGCGUGGUCUGCCCAACGGCCAGGUGAUGCACUAUGGCAGGAACCCCCAGAACAACAUGGAGGCUGCCAUGAGGCAGAGGCCGGGCAUGGUGGGACCUGGAGGGAUGGGGGGCCCUGUAAAUGGAGCUCCCAUGGCCAACCACCACCACCAGAUGAUGUCUGGGAACAUGAUGUACAACGGGCAGGGACCGCCGCAGCAGCAUCACCACAUGCACCCUCAGCAGCAGCAGCAGCAGCAGCAGGGGGGCCAUCCACAGCAGUAUCUCCCCGGGAACCUCACAUCCCAGCAGCUCAUGGCAAGCAUGCACCUGCAGAAACUCAACACUCAGUACCAUGGACAUCCCCUAGGCUCAGCGAACAGCCACCACAUGCCUAAUGGUGCUCAAUACCGGGUGGGCCCGGCCCAGCUGUCAGGCAUGCAGCACAUCGGGGGCCCUUUAGGGCUUAACGGCAUGGACAUGGAUCUCAUUGAUGAGGAAGUUCUGACAUCACUGGUGCUGGAGUUUGGUUUGGAUCGCGUUCAGGAGCUGCCGGAGCUCUUCCUGGGACAGAACGAGUUUGACUUCAUAUCGGACUUUGUGUGCAAACAGCAGCCGAGCACAGUGAGCUGCUGAGCGGAGCAGGCUGGAGCUGGUUCAUUUUUUUCGUUUGGACUGGACACCCCAAAGAAUGACUGAGUGGUCACAGUAGCACAGCGAGAGGAGACAAUCUCUGUUCUGUUUUGGGUGUUUCUGUGUCUCUGUGUUUGACAGUGUCUAGUACGCCUUCACAUGGUGAGCUGUGGGGGAAUCGUAACAAGAGAAAACGCAGCAAAGAAUCCAGGUUUCUCUUGUUUGAGGCGGUGCCAGAAAGAUCUGUCGUCUUUGGCCAAAUUGAGGCAGCCUGAUGCAGCGGGCUCUGUCUGUACCCAUCUGGCCCUCAGCACAUGUGCCUGCAGUGCCAAGGCUUUGGGAAAAUUGUAAACUUAACGUCCAGGGAACGCCUGAAAAGACUCUCCAUCUGGGUCUGCUACAUCCUGUGGCUUCUCUAAAUGUAUUUUAUCUCUGAUGACACCUUCAAACAGUAGCAGACAUUUUACAAAUUUACAAACAGUGGUCUCCUGAAUUUGUACAAGGAUGGAGGGAUUCAGAAAGAUUUUUUGUGCUUAUUGAAGGCUGGCUCUUCAAAACUGCUACACAAUAUCACACAUUUCCUCGAAGAGCAGGAAAGUGAGGGUGAAAUGAUGGCAUCUAUCUGAUGGAAAAUGUGCUUCAUCGAUUCCUUAGCUUUCAGUGUCAUUUACCUGGCUCGGAUAAAAUCUGCAAUCAUUAGAUGUAUCACAUCUGUUCCCUGCUAAUUAACUGUGAUUGAAACAUUGGCAAAGUAGCACAUUGCUUUGAGUGUUGUCGAGAACAAAGCAUUUAUCUGUCCAACAUGGCAUUGACGUCCCUUUGCUCAGACAUUUAGUUGCACAUUGCAGCCUGUUGCAAAGCCAAACACAAAAAAGUGGGUGAAGGUGUUGAACACAGAUGUGGGGUGGUAUUUUCAUUUAAACAGGAGUGUGAAAAUGAACAAAAAAAAAAGUGUGCAAAAGAAAAACUUGUGGUAUAUGUGUGUGUCAGGAUGUGGUUGGUGGAGGGAAGCAUUAAAAACCAAUGUUGUCCUUCCAUAAAUUUUAAUGUGAAAAACAAAAAAGGUCAAAAAAUCUCUUAAAA